CCCAUUGAAGCUUCUGCUGCAUAUCCUAGUCUUCAUCAUCCAUAGUUUGGUAACACUAGAACUUCAAAGCCAGCACCCCAUCACCACCAUAACCAACAAAAGCAACAACAUUAUUAUUAUUAUUAUUAUUGUAGAAGCAGCUACAGGGAAUGAAUCAGAAUCCGAAAUUAUUCCAAUUCUAUACAUAAGAAAAAGGAAAAAAAAAAAAAGAAUGGGAAAGAAGCAAUCUUUGCGUAGCAAAGCUACCCAGAUUGUAUCUGUUAUCCUGAAUCCAAUAUCUGACUCUGACACUCUCAAACACCCUCCUCCAACACCUUCUGAUGAGGUAGGGGGAUUAGGAGGAACAACAAGUGAAUCAGAGAAAACUGAAGAGGGUAGCAAUGAUUUAGUUGAUGGCCCUGAUACCUCAUCUUUCAGUGCAUUUCUAUAUUCUUUCUUGUCUUCAUCAGAUGCUGGAGGAGAUAAUGCAAAGGUGCAUGGACAGAGUGAUGGUAAAGGUGCUUCAGGUGAUGGUAAUAACUCUUUACCCGAUUCAUCGUUGAAGGAGAAUAAUGGUGGAAAGAAAAGCUUGUUCUCUAGGAGUAAGCAAUCACUUGGUAGAGUUAUUCGCCAAGCCGCUAGGAUCGGCGGAUUUCGCCAUCAGGGGCGGAAGGAUAAUAAUUCUGAAAUGAAUUCUGAUUGUCUAAAUGGUUCUGGAUUGAAUGGUGUUGAGAUGAAUCAUCUUUCAACUGUGAAAGGGAAAGAAUCAGAGUCUGUGUCUUUGGUUGACAUGCCAGAAAUUUCUGAGCCGUCGAUGCUCCUUUCGGACGCGAUGAGAAGUACUCUCUAUGCUUCUCUUCCUGCUCUUGUUCAUGGAAGGAAGUGGCUGUUGCUGUACAGCACUUGGAGGAACGGUAUAUCACUUUCAACCCUUUAUCGAAGAAGCAUGCUUUGGCCUGGAUUGAGUUUGCUGGUUGUCGGAGACCGAAGAGGAGCAGUGUUUGGAAGCUUAGUUGAAGCACCUCUUAGACCAUCCAACAAGAAAUACCAGGGAACAAACAGUACAUUUGUUUUCACAAGUAUUUCUGGCCAUCCUGUUAUAUAUCGUCCAACAGGGUUAAACCGCUAUUUCACACUAUGCAACACUGAGUUCUUAGCAAUUGGAGGGGGAAGUCAUUUUGCGCUUUAUUUGGAUGGUGAUCUAUUGAAUGGCUCAAGCUCGGUCUCGGAAACCUACGGAAAUCCUUGCCUUGCGAAUUCUCAAGAUUUCGAAGUGAAGGAAGUAGAGUUAUGGGGCUUUGUGUAUGCUUCAAAAUAUGAUGAAGUACUUGCAUUUAGCAGAACAGAGGCACCUGGCAUCUGUCGAUGGUAAAUCUCGCGGAAUAUUUACCUGAUGUGAAUAAAUCAAAGAGGUUUGGACUUUGGAGCUGCAUUUCAUGGUGGAAUAAUGUUCACUUUCCCUCUUGAGCAAUGCGAAGUUCGUGUACAAAGAUAAAAUGUUGAAGCAUUAUGUAUCCAAUUAUGUUAAAACUAACCAUGUUAAAAGAAAAUGUUAUAACUAAGGAACGCAUGUAAAUACCAAAGCCUGUAUAUAUGGAGUCCGUACACAUGAAAAAGUCAGUCAAUUUUGUUCAGGGUACAAAUUGGAGAAAAUUUAUGUUUAUGAGCAAUUUUCAAGUAAAAAUGGAUCCUUUCAUUUUU